CCUGGUUAUGAACGACUUUGCUGUUUAAGAUGCAUGCAACCACGCGAUCACAACUUCCAAACCACAUGCGUCUGCCGAGUUCCAAAGCACUUGAGGGAGGAGAAAGUAAUAGAAUGUGUACAUUGCGGUUGUAAAGGCUGUGCAAGUGGAGAUUGAUCAGCUAUGUUCCAAUGAACAGGCUACAGAUGAUCCGACUCCUAUCCUUGUAUUUUGACUCCUAAAUAUAAUUGACCUGUCUGCCUUCUCAAAAAAUAUAUAAUAUUGAGUCAUAUGUAUUGGAGGUUUGAGUUCUCUUCGCGGAAGCUUGUUGGACUUGGCUACUGGUGUUACCAUGUAUGUAGUUAGGUCUUUGUUACUGGCAAACGUUUGUCAUGAAUAUUGAUCUUGCGUUAAUGCAUGUUCAAAAAUUUCUGACUCUUAAACAUUCCAAGUUUCCAUUGAGGUCUUGACUGGAUUUAUUGUCUUCUUGACAAGUGUACUGG